GCGGGGUGGCUGGGCCGGCGGCGGCGGCGGUACGAGGCGCGCGCUUGGGGUCCCGGUCGCGAGGAGGAGGAGGAUGUGGCGCGCGGAGGGGAAAUGGCUGCCGAAAACAAGCCGGAAGAGCGUUUCCCAAAGUGUAUUCUGCGGAACUAGCACCUACUGUGUUCUCAACACCGUGCCACCUAUAGAAGAUGAUCAUGGGAACAGCAAUAGUAGUCAUGUAAAAAUCUUUUUACCGAAAAAGCUGCUUGAAUGUCUGCCGAAAUGUUCAAGUUUACCCAAAGAGAGGCACCGCUGGAACACUAAUGAGGAAAUUGCGGCUUAUUUAAUAACAUUUGAGAAGCACGAAGAAUGGCUAACCACAUCCCCUAAGACAAGACCGCAGAAUGGCUCCAUGAUACUCUACAACAGGAAGAAGGUGAAGUACAGGAAAGACGGGUACUGUUGGAAGAAGAGGAAAGAUGGGAAGACGACCAGAGAGGACCACAUGAAGCUCAAAGUCCAGGGAGUCGAGUGCUUGUACGGCUGCUAUGUCCAUUCCUCCAUCAUCCCCACUUUCCACCGGAGGUGCUACUGGCUCCUUCAGAACCCCGACAUCGUCCUGGUGCACUACCUGAAUGUGCCGGCCAUUGAGGACUGCGGCAAGCCCUGUGGGCCCAUCCUCUGCUCCAUCAACACCGACAAGAAGGAGUGGGCAAAGUGGACAAAGGAGGAGCUCAUCGGGCAGCUGAAGCCCAUGUUCCAUGGCAUCAAGUGGACCUGCAGCAAUGGGAACAGCAGCUCAGGCUUCUCAGUGGAGCAGCUGGUGCAGCAGAUCCUUGACAGCCACCAGACCAAGCCCCAGCCUCGGACCCACAACUGCCUCUGCACCGGCAGCCUGGGAGCGGGCAGCAGCGUGCAUCAUAAGUGUAACAGUGCCAAACACCGCAUCAUCUCACCGAAGGUGGAACCACGGGCUGGGGGCUAUGGGGGCCACUCGGAGGUGCAGCAUAACGAUGUGUCGGAGGGCAAGCAUGAACCCAGCCACGGCAGGAGCACGAGCCGGGAAAAGAGGAACGGCAAGGUGGCCAAGCCAGCACUGCUACACCAAAACAGCACAGAGGUUUCCUCCACCAAUCAGGUGGAGGUCCCUGACACCACCCAGAGCUCCCCGGUGUCCAUCAGCAGCGGGCUCAACAGCGACCCCGACAUGGUAGACAGCCCAGUUGUCACAGGUGUGUCCAGCAUGGCAGUGGCCUCUGUGAUGGGGGGACUGUCCCAAAGUGCCACAGUGUUCAUGUCCGAGGUCACUAAUGAGGCCGUGUACACCAUGUCCCCCACCGCCGGCCCCAACCACCACCUCCUCUCGCCUGAUGCCUCUCAGGGCCUUGUACUGGCUGUAAGUUCUGACGGCCACAAGUUUGCCUUCCCCACCACGGGCAGCUCAGAUAGCCUGUCCAUGCUGCCCACCAAUGUGUCCGAAGAGCUGGUCCUCUCCACCACCCUUGAUGGUGGCCGGAAGAUUCCAGAAACCACCAUGAACUUUGACCCCGACUGUUUCCUCAAUAAUCCAAAGCAGGGCCAGACAUACGGGGGUGGGGGCCUAAAAGCCGAGAUGGUUAGCACCAAUAUCCGGCACUCGCCGCCUUCAGAGAGGGGCUUUGGCUUCACCAGCGUCCUCACCAAGGAGAUCAAGACGGAAGACACCUCGUUCGAGCAGCAGAUGGCCAAAGAGGCGGCAUACUCCUCCUCGGCAGCAGCCGCUGCAUCCAGUUCCCUCACCCUGACCGCGGGAUCCAGCCUUCUGCCGUCGGGCGGCGGCCUGAGUCCCAGCACCACCCUUGAGCAGAUGGACUUCAGCGCCAUUGAUUCCAACAAGGACUACACGUCCAGCUUCAGCCAGACGGGCCACAGCCCCCACAUCCACCAGACCCCCUCCCCCAGCUUCUUCCUGCAGGAUGCCAGCAAACCCUUACCCCUUGAGCAGAAUGCCCACAGCAGCCUGAGCGACUCUGGGGCCACCUUUGUGAUGCCCACGGUGAAAACGGAGGCCUCAUCCCAAACCAGCUCUUGCAGUGGCCAUGUGGAAACGCGGAUAGAGUCUACUUCCUCCCUGCACCUCAUGCAAUUCCAGGCCAACUUCCAGGCCAUGACCACAGAAGGGGAGGUUACCAUGGAGACCUCCCAGGCAGCUGAAGGGGGUGAGGUCCUCCUCAAGUCUGGGGAGCUGCAGGCCUGUGGCUCAGAGCACUACCUGCAACCAGAGACCAAUGGGGUGAUCCGCAGUGCAGGUGGUGUCCCCAUUCUCCCAAGCAAUGUGGUGCAGGGACUCUACCCGGUGGCCCAGCCCAGCCUGGGCAACACCUCUAAUAUGGAGCUCAGCCUGGACCACUUUGACAUCUCCUUCAGCAAUCAGUUCUCAGACCUGAUCAAUGACUUCAUCUCUGUGGAGGGGGGCAGUGGUACAAUCUACGGGCACCAGCUGGUGUCGGGGGACAGUGCUGCACUCUCACAGUCAGAAGAUGGGGCGCGCGCACCCUUCACCCAGGCGGAGAUGUGCAUUCCCUGCUGCAGCCCCCAACAGGGCAGCCUGCAGCUGAGCAGCGCCGAGGGCGGGGCCGGCGCCAUGGCCUACAUGCAUGUCGCCGAGGUGGUCUCGGCUGCCUCUGCCCAGGGCACCCUGGGUAUGCUGCAGCAGAGUGGACGGGUGUUCAUGGUGACUGACUACUCCCCAGAGUGGUCUUACCCAGAGGGAGGAGUGAAGGUCCUCAUCACAGGCCCAUGGCAGGAAGCCAGCAAUAAUUACAGUUGCCUGUUUGACCAGAUCUCCGUGCCCGCAUCCCUGAUUCAGCCUGGGGUGCUGCGUUGCUACUGCCCAGCCCACGACACAGGUCUUGUGACCCUACAAGUUGCCUUCAACAAUCAGAUCAUCUCCAACUCGGUGGUGUUUGAGUACAAAGCUCGGGCUCUGCCUACACUCCCUUCCUCUCAGCACGACUGGCUGUCACUGGACGAUAACCAGUUCAGGAUGUCCAUCCUGGAGCGGCUGGAGCAGAUGGAGAGGAGGAUGGCCGAGAUGACGGGCUCCCAGCAGCACAAGCAGACGAGCAGCGGAGGUGGCAACGGAGGUGGCAGCGGAAGUGGUACCGGAGGGGGCCAGGCCCAGUGUGCUGCAGGCACCGGGACCCUAGGGAGCUGCUUCGAGAGUCGUGUGGUUGUGGUCUGUGAGAAGAUGAUGAGCCGAGCCUGCUGGGCCAAGUCCAAGCAUUUGAUCCAUUCGAAGACUUUCCGUGGAAUGACCCUCCUACACCUGGCUGCCGCCCAGGGCUAUGCCACCCUGAUCCAGACCCUCAUCAAAUGGCGCACAAAGCAUGCAGACAGCAUUGAUUUGGAACUAGAAGUUGACCCCCUGAAUGUGGACCACUUCUCCUGUACUCCUCUGAUGUGGGCUUGUGCCCUAGGGCACUUGGAAGCGGCAGUGGUGCUGUACAAAUGGGACCGCCGCGCCAUCUCCAUCCCAGACUCUCUGGGAAGGCUGCCUUUGGGAAUUGCCAGGUCGAGGGGCCAUGUGAAGUUAGCAGAGUGUCUGGAGCACCUGCAAAGAGACGAGCAGGCCCAGCUGGGACAGACCCCCAGGAUCCACUGUGCCCCGAGCGAAGAGCCAAGCACAGACAACUGGAUGGCCCAGUGGCACAGGGAGGCCAUGAGCUCUCCAGAAAUACCCAAAGGAGUCACCGUCAUUGCAAGCACCAAUCCAGUGCAGGUGACUGGAAAUCCGAAGGGGACCAGUGUAGUAAAGGACGCGGCGCCUUCUCAGGUGCGUCCGAGGGAACCAAUGAGUGUCCUGAUGAUGGCUAACCGAGAGGUGGUGAACACAGAGAUGGGGGCCUACCGGGAUAGUGCAGAGAGCGAGGAAUGCCCCCAGCCUAUGGAUGAUAUUCAGGUGAACAUGAUGACCUUGGCGGAGCACAUCAUUGAGGCUACACCAGACCGAAUCAAGCAGGAGAACUUUGUGCCCAUGGAGUCCUCGGCCCUGGAGAGAACAGAUCCCGCCACCAUUAGCAGUACCAUGAGCUGGCUGGCCAGUUACCUCGCUGAUGCUGACCGUCUGCCCAGUGCUGCCCACAUCAGGAGUGCAUACACUGAGCCCCUAACUCCUUCUUCUAAUGCCAGCUUGAGCCCCGCAAGCUCACCUGUCAGUGAAGUGGCUUUUGAGAAACCCAGCCUUCCCUCGGCAGCAGACUGGUCAGAAUUCCUGAGCGCAUCCACCAGUGAGAAGGUAGAGAAUGAGCUUGCUCAGCUCACGCUGUCCGACCAUGAGCAGAGAGAACUCUACGAAGCUGCCAGGCUUGUCCAGACAGCCUUCCGGAAAUACAAGGGCAGACCCUUGCGGGAACAGCAGGAAGUGGCCGCUGCCGUCAUUCAGCGCUGUUACAGAAAGUACAAGCAGCUGACAUGGAUAGCCUUGAAGUAUGCACUUUACAAAAAGAUGACCCAGGCGGCCAUCCUCAUCCAGAGCAAAUUCCGAAGUUACUAUGAGCAGAAACGGUUCCAGCAGAGCCGGCGUGCUGCAGUGCUGAUCCAGAACUUCUACCGGAGUUACAAGAAGUGCGGCAGAAGACGGCCAGCCCGCAGGACAGCGGUCAUCGUGCAGCAAAAGCUUAGGAGCAGUUUGCUGACCAAAAAGCAGGACCAAGCUGCUCGAAAAAUAAUGAGGUUUCUACGUCGCUGUCGUCACAGAGUGAAAGAAUUGAAAAAGGCCAAGGAACUUGAAGACACACAGCAGCAUCCCUUAGCAAUGUGACAUUGCUUCUCAGACUGUUUUCAUUUCUGUUUUUAGCAGAGACAUGCAACAACAACAACAAACAUGCGCGUGCACACACACAUACACACACACACAUACACACACAAUCCCUCUGCAGUUUUGGGGAGUCAGCUGCAGGAUUUUAACAAGAAUGUUUUGGUCAUUGCAUUUGCACUUUCAUGGACAACUUUUAAUUUGAUCAGCAAGACAUCUUGGAACUCAAUCUUCUGUUGGAUCACAGGAAAACAAGACACCAGGAGGAACUGGAAGGGCUUCCUCAUCUUAGGAAGAAGCCACUUUCCUUGUCAUUAGGGCUGUAUUCAAACAUCGUGUGGAACUGUACAAAUAUUUAUACCAAAAAUAUAGCUAAGAACAGGUGGGGCGAGGCUAGCAACACAAGGAGUGCUGUGCCUGCACCUUCGGUUACUUCCAAGAAGCUGAAUCUUUGGUUCUCAGUGGAGGGCUUAGGUCACCCAAGUCAUUAUUGAGUCUGUGUUCUCAUUUCCUUCACUGUUCUGUUUUGUUUUUCUUUUUCCUGUUUGUUUGUUCGUUUGUUUGAAUCUCUACAGCACACUUAAUGCAACUUUUAACAUCUGCAGGUUUUCAAUGUUUUGUGAAAAUUUGCAGAGGGGCAGUUGUGUGGUAAACGGGUAAUGCACGGGAAAUAACGAGAAACAGCUUACAGAAUUUAAAUCCAUUUUCUUGUCCCCACCACCUCCCAAGAACCUGUGAGGAUAGUGAUCAUCUCGUCCCUCUUCUCAUGUUCAGCACUUUAAUUUGUUUGCCUUACUUUCACUGCAAUGAGAAUUACUUAAGAAUUGGUAACGCAUGUAGCCUUUUUUAGUAACCUUGGAAACCGUAGUAAUUCCAAGGAAUCAUAAACCUUGCCUGGACAUUUGCCACCUAAACGACCAGUGUGGUGCUGCAUUUUGGCCAGUAAAUUCCAUGUUUUGGCUCUAUCUCAUCCAAACGGAGUGGCUUCUGUGUACAUAUAAAAGGUAGAAAUGAAAAAAAAGCGAGAAAAUAUUUGAAAGGGGUUAUAUUAAUUGCUAAAUAUUUUAUUCACAAAGGUCAAUAAGAUGGCAAGAUGAAAUUAUUUGUAUAGUUUUGUCUGAGCGAGAACAACGUGGAUGUAUUGUUUGUAUAUAUUGUAUAUAUUAAAACAAAGAUGUGCAUGAAAUCAAGAAAAAGAACAAAAGCAAAGCGUUAGUGGCUAUGGUCUGUAAAAUGAAACAAAAAAACUUUAUUUCACUAUAAGAGUACUUUAUUUUAAAUGUUCUGUAGAAGAACAUUUUGCUAAAGCAUGACUAAUCUGCAAAAAAUAAAAGAGAGCUACUGUAUUUAGAAAUAGGAAAAAAGGCAGAGUAGCAUUACUUUAAAAAAAAAAGGAUAUGUUUACAUUUAAUUUUGGCUACCAGGAGUUUAUUUUAUUUUAUUUAAAAAAAUUUUUUUGCCAAAGGUGCCAAGUAAUGUGAAUGCUAAUAUUGCUUAAGAAAAUUAAGUUACUUUUGCAAAAUAGAUAAUCAUAAGAUGAAUCCUUACAGAACUUAACACCAUCCGCUCACACCAACAAAGAACAUUAGAACAAUUAAAAUUUGACAAAAGAAUUAAUGUGAAAUUAUAAAAAAGGCAUUUUCAUAUCUCCUGCUGAAAAUAAAAAAAUGAAUAAAAAAUUGCUCACAUGAAAAAGUAAAAGAAACCAUGGAGGCUGGUGUUGAAGGGAUGCGUGGUGUAGCUCUUUUCAUGGAAGAGGAGCCAAAGAAACAGAUGCUUUUUAAAUUAAACAAUUAAUGUCAAACAGAGAGAACCAAUUUUGCAUUUGCUAAUGCCAGUUUAAAAUCCCAGGUUAAGUGUGAGAAUUGGUUGGUAUGAGAUUUUCUUUAAAAAACAAAAACAUGGUUCUGGCUGCCAACUGUGAGUUAAACUCAAGGCUUGCUGUGAAGCCUAAAAAUAUUCACAAAUAAGCUUUAAACUGGUGUCUUCAGAAGGAAGCUAGAAACAAAAAGAUUGUGGUUAAAAACAACACUGGGGUCAGUGCUCUUGGUGCCUUUUCUAUAACCGUGGUUGUUUUUUAAUUACUCCCUUCACUGCCAACCUCAGAUUACUGUACAGUGUACGUCUCUGCUCGUGAUCAGCGCGGACAACAGUGACAGCCCCACAGCUAGCAGCCACCUGUACAUUUGUAAGCUGACCUGACCCGAUUUUGUUUUUACAUGUGUGGGUUACGUUGCCGCUGUUGGAAUCCUUGCCCCCUACCCCCCAUACCUAUUAUUUGACACAGUUUGACCUGUCUGAGGACAAUUUAUAAAAACAUAAUUGUAUUCAUAACAGGGAAUAGAAUGUGAAGCCAGCUCUUUCAGAAUAUCCUAUAUUAAUACUGGAUUUGGAUACAUUUACUCCAUUGCUUAUGGUUCAGAUAACUGAUCAUGUGACCAGAGUAAUGACCUCAGUGGAUUUGCUUCAACCCUCACGUUUAUUUUUUUAAAUGUUUCACAUGCCACAUUAUUAGCUCAAUAAGUUAGAAAAUUCUGGAAGAUAGAGACUUACGUAGAAUUAGGAUGUUCUUAUGGAGGGGACAGAAGUAGGGUCAAAACCUACCAGUACAACUGUGAAUUCUAGGUGAGGUCGAAGCGUACUUCCACUGAAACAAAGCAUUUCUGACCACCUUUUUUGAUUGUGACACUUAAUUUUGAAUAUAAGGUGAUAGGUAGGCGCAGCUUUCUUGGAUAAUCUGAAUUCCCAAGUGCCAGGAGUAGGAUUUCAUUAUAAAAUUAAUAGCUAACCUUAUUCUGUCUCCUGAAGUUUUAAUUGCUGUCCUUGUUACCCAUUCAGAAUCAGCUGUACUGUGUGAAUGAAAUCAAGACAUUACGACGAACCCCUUUCUGGCUGCACGGUCGCUUAUGGCAGUUCCACACAGUAGUUGGCGCCCAAUGGGGGGUCCCUGAGACUUGCAUGUAAAACUAGUCUAGAUG